AGGCGCCUGUGCCGCCGCCCACCCGGCUGAGAGGAGGCGGAACCGCUCCGAGCGCCGCGCGCGCGCCGGGGCUGAGCCUUGCAAACUAGUGUCUGUGGCCGUGUCCCUGCGGCCCUUUGGCGGCCCUCCUAGCCCGGGGACUGGCUCUUUUGGGCAGGAGGAAGCAAAGCAGCCCCCUACCGCGUAGCCGACUAGCAGCAGCCGUCACCCUGGCCCUGAGUCCCGCGCGGGGGCAGGGGACUCGGCUCGGCUGCCAGGCGCGGCGACGCGGGGUCGCGGCGCGAGCAGCUGCCGGGCUCUCGCCGAGCUGUUCCUGACAGAAUAACGCGCGUGGCUGUCCCCACCCCUGGGAGGGGUUGCCGGUACCGCGAGCUGCCUCCUAGUUUGCAGCUCGGUCUCCUGGGAGGAUCCACCACCAGCAGGAAGGAGGAGAAUCAACCUGGCCGAGGCGCAGAAGUGGUUGCUGAGGAAGCCGGCGCCGGGGCCGCCGCCUCGUGUCCCCUCGGGGCGCAGCGCUCGAGGAUCUGCAGGCCUGAGCGGAGGCGCGGCCGGGGGCUCGGGGGCAGCUGGGCUGGGCGCACGGUCACUCGCGGGUCGGCCGGGCUGUCCCCCGCGCCCCGCGGGGCCCGGGAGCCCCGGGACAGCGGCUGGAAGCAACCGAGGACCGCUGCCGCCGGGUGCGAGCGAGCAACGUCCCUCUCGAAAGCGGAUUCUGCUAUGACAGUUGGGUUCCCCAAGAGAUUAACCUGGGUGUCCUCGGGAAAGUUGUCGCCGAGCCGAGAGCCCUUGUAGGGGCCGCGGGGCCGCGGCUCGGGGGGCGGUCGUGGCUCGGUGGGGCCCGCGCGGCCGGGGGGCUUCUGGGGGUGUGCGCCCCCAGCCGGCUGCCCUCGUGGAUGCCUCCCGGCGGCGGCGGACCCAUGAAAGACUGCGAGUACAGUCAGAUCAGCACCCACAGCUCCUCCCCCAUGGAGUCGCCCCAUAAGAAGAACAAAAUUGCGGCCCGGAGGAAAUGGGAGGUGUUCCCGGGAAGAAACAAGUUCUUUUGCAACGGGAGGAUCAUGAUGGCCCGGCAGACGGGCGUCUUCUACCUGACGCUCAUCCUCAUCCUGGUCACUAGCGGACUCUUCUUUGCCUUCGACUGUCCAUAUCUAGCAGUGAAGAUCACUCCUGCCAUCCCGGUGGUUGGUGGCAUCCUGUUCUUCUUUGUGAUGGGGACCCUGCUUCGUACCAGCUUCAGUGACCCUGGAGUCCUCCCGCGAGCCACGCCUGAUGAAGCCGCUGACCUGGAAAGGCAAAUAGAUAUCGCAAAUGGCACUAGUUCAGGGGGGUACCGCCCGCCUCCCAGAACCAAAGAAGUCAUCAUCAAUGGCCAGACAGUGAAACUUAAGUACUGUUUCACCUGCAAGAUUUUCCGGCCUCCUCGCGCCUCCCACUGCAGCCUGUGUGAUAACUGCGUAGAACGGUUUGAUCACCACUGUCCCUGGGUAGGCAACUGUGUGGGGAAAAGAAACUACAGAUUUUUUUAUAUGUUUAUUUUAUCCCUGUCUUUUCUGACAGUCUUUAUAUUUGCAUUCGUUAUCACCCACGUCAUUCUUCGUUCACAGCAAACAGGAUUCCUCAAUGCCCUUAAGGACAGUCCUGCGAGCGUGCUGGAAGCCGUGGUGUGCUUCUUCUCCGUCUGGUCCAUCGUUGGCCUCUCAGGUUUCCACACGUAUUUGAUCAGCUCCAACCAGACAACAAAUGAAGAUAUUAAAGGAUCUUGGUCAAAUAAAAGAGGUAAAGAAAAUUACAAUCCCUACAGCUACGGAAAUAUCUUUACAAAUUGCUGUGUGGCCCUGUGUGGGCCCAUCUCUCCAAGCUUGAUUGACAGAAGAGGUUACAUCCAGCCUGACACCCCACAGCCAGCAGCACCCUCCAACGGGAUCACCAUGUAUGGGGCCAUGCAGUCACAGAGUGACAUGUGCGACCAAGACCAGUGUAUUCAGAGCACCAAAUUCGUUUUGCAGGCCGCAGCCACACCCCUUCUGCAGAGCGAGCCUAGCCUCACCAGCGAUGAAAUGCACCUCCCAGGGAAGCCAGGCCUGGGCACGCCAUGCACCAGCCUGACACUGGGCCAGCCCACACCGCCCUCCUCUAUGCCCAACCUCACUGCUGAGGCCACUCUCUCGGACAUUCUCCCCAUGAAGGAUGAGCAUGGGGGUCACCAGUUCCUGACUCCAGAUGAGGCGCCCUCACCACCUAGGAUGCUGGGGGCGGGCAGCCCUCUGACACACAGCCGUACCAUGCAUGUGCUGGGCCUGGCCAGUCAGGACUCUCUACAUGAAGACUCUGUGCGUGGCCUGGUGAAGCUGAGCUCCGUGUGACCCACAGGUUGUCCUGAGACCACAGGGCUCCUCCACAGGCUGAGGGAGCCAGCAGAGGACAUACCUGCAACAGGGAAUUGACAGCCCCAGGCCUGGGGUACAAAGACCACAAAGAAAGCCAACACACCCCCAUCUGAUGGUGAAGAGCAGGGAGGCCCCAGAUCCUCCAAGCUUAAUUUUAUUUGAAAUUUCUUCCCCACUCUGAGCACUUUAACGAAAAUGAACACACAGCGAAGUGGCUAUCUUCAGGUAUCUGGGCUCUGCACGGUGAGCCUGGGGGGAAGGACCCUCACCAGGUAGCGUGGAGUCUGGGAGGAACAGAAGCUGCCCGGAUAUUGCACUGUCUGUCUGCUGCUCCUAGGACAGACAAACAGAGGGUUCCUGAUACUUGUGGCCAGACUGAAAUUGCACUUAAGUGUUAUGCUACUAAUAUUUGAAGUAGACAUGCCAUUCCAUUGCUAAUUUUUAAAAAAUCCUACAGGGGAAAAAAAAAA